AUGUCCGUGCUAAAGAAGCCUUUCGACUCCUACGAUGCGCAGCAGCAGCUUGGAACACUGGCAUUGAGCUACCUUGAGAUGCAUGGCCCACACUCAGAGGAGUUCUCCAGCGGUCGUGGAAACUUUUUGGUUGUGAGGUUUCAAGUGGACCUUGCUGAUAUGCGGUCUGACCUUGGCCUGGACGCAGCAGCUCCUGCUGAACAUGUGCAUGGGGUCUUGGUGUCCACGAUGACAUCCUUUCUGAAGCCAUCAGAGGUUUCCCUCUCUCGCUUUUUCUCUUGGAAUAUCCGCUUUGCUGGGUGGCGUAGAUUCUGGACUUUUCUCAGAAAGCUCUUGGAUUUUCGAGCCACGGUGAUGGGCAAGGUCGACAUUGAUCAGGAGAAUGAGGCCCCUUCUGAAAAUGCAGCUGCUGCAGCAGGGCAAAACGUGAACAGAAAAGACAAGCUUUUGGCGCUUCUUCGGGAAUUGCAAUCUCAGAAGGGCACGCUGGAUGUGGUUCAUGAGGUGCUGAGAGAUGUCCAAAUGAAGCAUUACGCGACGCAGAAACUUGAUUUGACAUCAGCCUUUUUCAAUCUUUCAGGAGUUGUCACCCUAUACUAUAUUCGGUCAUGUUUGAACUGUUUCUUCCCCUUCAACAGUCACAUGAUGAGGAUAUACUACUCCCAGGUGGCAAUGCGUGAAGAGCAUUUGGCGCUGCAGGCUGACACCAAGACUCGAGAGGGCAACCGGGCAGUGCAAGCCUCAUGGGCGGCUGGAGGGUGGGCUUCGUGUGUGGGUAAAACCCUCGCAUUCCUCUCAGAUAGCGCUGCGAUGGAGCGGUUGGGCUUCUUUGAUGAAGAGGCUUUCACUGACUGCGACACCUACUUCGCCUUGAUUGUGGCUGCUGCCUCGCAGCGAGCGUGGAACAUGUCCCUGUGGUCGCAACUUGCACCAUACCAGUGGGCCUCUGUGCUUCAUGAAGAUCUCGAAAUGGCACAGCAAGGUCUGGAAAGAAUGAAGGCGGACUCUGACGUUGUCCAGCAGGCAUGGCGCGCUGUCGAACACCCCGCUGCAGACGUGGAGGUGGAUAGCGUUUUUGCUCACAUUUUCUUUUGCUUCGACACCCUGGUGAGCACAAAGGAGUGCUUGGAGGAUGUUCUGGGAUCGUUGAAGUCGCUUGCCAAGAACAGCAAUUCCAAUCCUUUCAAAGCUGCCUCUCCUGAGCGAUUGUUCCUUCAAAACGUGCUCUCUGUGCGUUGGGACCCUACAGAAUUUCCACUUCUAAGAGUCCAGCCUGGAGAUAUGGGAAGCAAGUCUUUCUAUGAGACGAGCACGGCAAGACAGACUGUUUUCUUGCCGAGAAAGUUCAAGAGCAACCCAUGCAAGGUUGUGGAGCAAGUGCAUGAGGCGGUGAAGGCAGAAUCUUCAGGCUUGCUGACAGAGCCGAUGGCAGGCCAGCAGUCUCACGUGCAGGCCGUGAAGCCUGCGGGGCAAGAGGCUGAUUGGAGGAGCGUGGCUGCUAUCACAGCACUGAGAUGUUUGGCCAGCACUUCCUUUGUUGACGCAUCAGCCGUUUGGUGCACUGCUGCGUUGGAACGUGGCAAAUUGUUCCAAGAGAAGCUUGCUGAUGAUUGCUUGGGGAAAGUCUACCUGUCUUUGGGGUUCCACUUCUCAGCAGCGAUUCUAUGGGAGGUCGAGGAGGUCCAGCCUGAACUGUAUCAACUUGCAGCAGAUGGUUUGACGGCAGGAUCUAGCAAUGCGCGGGUUCGCUACGUUUGCCUUACUACAAUGACCGUGGAUGGGAGAGAGGAAGCUUUUGAGGGGAUUCCUGUUGACAUCUGUCCGCCGUUGGCCCACGGUCACAAAAACCUCGGCAUUUUGCUGCGUCGAUCUGGCGCCAACCUCCCUCUCAGUAAGUUCUUUCUGCUGCAUGGUAGCCUUCAGAAUGUUGAUGACAAGAUGACCUUGAUCCAGUCUCUGUUUCCAGAGAUGACUGAGGAAGAGCAGGAAAAACUUUUGUUGAGAUUGCUAGACACUACAACUCGCAAAGGGCUGCUCAGCAACAAGACACUGCAUAGUGUCUUUGAGGUCUUAGACCGUGGGGACGAGGACAUGAAACUUUUUGCUGACUUGCAGCGACAAGUCGCUGAUGUUUGGCGCACUGAAUAUGUGAUUUCCCGUGUCGGAAGGGCAAAGGCUGCUGCUGAAGCUAUGACCCCAGUGUUGAUCAAGCAGCUAAAGCCACCAGGCCCUAAGGUAUACCUUGCAUGGCAAGUUUCCAUGAGUUGCUUUGAAGGGUACUACCCUAGGCCUGCGCUUGAGAAAGUGGCAGGAAAGGGAGGUGCUCAAAACAGAAGAAAAACCCAUUUUUCGACAAGCCGAACUUAUGGUGGAGCAAGGACUUCCAACCGCACUCAAGAGGCAGCUUUGCAGCUGGUUGUUCAGUUUUUGUGGGGCCACCACAAGAAGCAAGGCGGCGAUCCUUGCCAGUGA